AUUUGAAUCACAAUUAAAGUUUUCUCCGUUGAUGUUUUCAGAUAUAAAACAACAAUGAGUUUUCUUGGAAUUAGAAUAGUGAAAGAGCUAGUUCGACUGUCUGAUGUCUGGAUGUUGUGUAUAGGAAAUAUAAAUAAUGUACAUAGUGUACACACUCUACCCUUCUCAAGAACACAAAGACUGAAUAAGAAAAUAAGCCGACCAGUGACAGUGAAAACUAAUCUGAAAACUAAAAUUGACGGAACAGAAAAAAGGUUUUUAAGCUUGUAUCCAGAUGUAAUUCAUUCUCUGAGUGCAGAAUUUUCUGGUCAUCUUGCUUCGUCUUCACCAAGAUUUACCAGGAUACUGACUAACAAUCUAAGCACUUUGAACCUGGGAAAACGACAUGGCCUUCUUGUACCAAAAAUAUACAAGGAGUUAGGAAGAUCUGAACUGGAGUUAGAGGCAAAUAUAUUAGGAUGGACUGUAGAAUUAUCUAGAGCAGCAACUAAACUUUCCACUGAGAUUAUUCUUGAUGUUGAGAAAGCACGACAGCUGGAGCCAGGAGAAUCAGCUGUUGCACAUGUUAAGAUUCUUGAAAGCAGUGUGUUCAUUCUUUUGAAGAAAUAUCUUGGUGGCUCCCAAGCUUUUCAUCACUCUACGGAGUGCCUAGUGGAAGCCUGUCUUCAGCAUCCAGCAACUGCUUACUGCCUUGAUCUCAAACUACCUCCUGCCACACCAGCUGAUUUCAUCCAAGAGUUCGAUAUGUCCAGAUAUAAGGGAAGAAUCAAUCUUUUUUUAAAUUUUUCACAGUGAAAACGUUUUUUUUUCUUUCUAAAUAAA